AUGACUCCCGUCCAGAAGUACAUGCUCCCCAUCAUGGCGGCCGUUGCGGCCGUCCAUGCCGCCGACAUUGGCAGCGCCCUCCCCGAUUGUGCCGUCGACUGCGUCAACACGGCCGUUGAUGAGAACUCAACCUGCAAUGCCUCUGACAAUACCUGCAUCUGCGCCGACAAGUACUCGCUCAAGCUCCACAGCCAGACUUGCAUGAAGGAGAACUGCUCCGACGCCGACUAUGGCACCGCCAUGCUCGCAUACGACACCUUCUGCAACUCUCUCGGCGGCGGUGGCGGCGAGUCCUCCACCACCGAGAAGGCCGCUCCGUCUAUCACUUCCACCACCUCGGCUGAGACCAGCGAGACGACCUCGCAGGAAGCUGCUCCCUCUACUGCCGACAGGGCCUCUGCGACUACUACGACCUCGUCCACUGACGAGCCCAGGAUGUCCGUCCCGGAGGGUACCACCUACCACAUCACCAACUCUAAGUCGUCCACUGAGACACCCGAGCCUACGUCCGGCACUCCCUCGGGAACUCCCUCUGCCACGACGGCCACCACCACUGGCUCGGACGGAGCUCCCACAACCAUCACCUCGACCACCGCUGCCAACCCCAGCGACAGCCCCUCCAGCUCCGGAACUGAGGAGCCUUCCACAUCCCCCUCUGACCCUCCGGAUGGUGUUGGCUCCCGUCUUGGUGUCAGCAUUGCUGCUGCCAUUGGUGGUCUCAUGGCUGUCGCCUAUGUCACUCUGUAA